CACCAGCAGUGGCAGCAGCACGACCACCGCAGACAUCGUCACGGACGAGGUCGCCGUCGUGGUCGCCACCGCCGCCACGAAGAUAGCCGCGGCGACACUCGGAGGCGCGUGAAAGGGAGUACGUGUACGGGUAGCACGGGUACUCGAGUCGCGUACCUAGCGUUUUAAUAACACGAGGGUGGAAUAUAUGCUGUGGGCGUCCCCCGUGCGAGUGGGGGCACUUGAUGGCCGCAGAAAUUGGGCGAACUGCGAGCAAACAUCUAUCGACGGAGUGCGGUAAAGCGACGUCGCUGUCGAGUCCCGGUAGCGACGUAGGCUUCGAUAGUGGCCGGGUGAUUGUGGGAACGGAGCAGCAGCACCAGCAGCAGCAGCAGCAGCAGUCGCCGCAGUUGCAGCAAUCGCAUUGCCAGCAACGGCAAUCGCCGCCGCCGCCGCCGCCACCGCCGUCGUCGCAGCAGCAGCAACAACCUCCACAACAGGAUCGGACGUCGUCGACUACUACGGUGCAGGUCAGGAAGGCGUCUCGCGUCGUUUACCGGAAACCGCGUGUACCAUUGGCGACUACGCAGCCAGCAGCGGAGAACAAUCAGCAGCAGCAGCAGCAGCAGCAGCAGGAACAGGCGCUCGUUAACGCGGACAACGUAACCUCGACGGCGGAGGCCGUCAACGAGGUACCCGGCGCCAUCAAGACGACCAUCAACAUCGGCUUCGCGAUGAACCACGUAAACGACCAGGAGAACCUCAAGCAGCUCAGCCUCGCGCCCGUUCAGGUUAACGAGGUCGAGGAGAUGGACACGCAGGAGGAAGCCCCAAAUGAUGGUGGGGGAGACGGAACUGACAACCGUCCUAUAAAUGGUGAACCAGAAUUAGCAUGUAUAGUUCAGGAUCAAGAAAUGGAGGAAGACGAGGCCAGAUCGGAAGCUACUUUUCGAUAUACUGUUGAAAAUAUAUCCAAGAUGAAGGACUCACAGCUGUCCCCCGCGUGUUAUGUCCGUAAUUUACCAUGGAAAAUAAUGGUGAUGCCUCGGUCAAGUCAGACACAAGAAAGGCAGCCACAAAGAUCUCUUGGAUUUUUCCUUCAGUGUAAUGGAGAGAGUGAAUCUACAUCUUGGAGCUGUUACGCUGUUGCCGAGCUACGUCUUCUUUCUUGCAAAGAAGGACAGGAACCAUUUAGCAGAAAAAUUCAACAUCUCUUCUACAGUAAAGAGAACGAUUGGGGCUUUAGCCACUUUAUGACAUGGCAGGAUGUUUUAGAUCCUGAUAGAGGUUUCAUAAAAGAUGAUUCGAUCACGCUUGAGGUACAUGUAGUAGCUGAUGCACCUCACGGAGUCAGUUGGGACAGUAAAAAACAUACGGGAUACGUAGGCUUGAAAAAUCAGGGUGCUACAUGUUAUAUGAAUUCUUUAUUGCAAACUCUCUAUUUUACAAAUCAGUUGCGAAAGGCAGUAUACAAAAUGCCAACAGAGAGUGAUGAUUCGAGUAAGAGCGUUGCGCUAGCCUUGCAGAGGGUUUUUCAUGAGUUACAGUUUUCCGACAAGCCUGUCGGCACGAAGAAAUUAACUAAAAGUUUUGGUUGGGAGACGCUGGAUUCUUUCAUGCAGCAUGACGUGCAGGAAUUUCUACGAGUGCUAUUAGAUAAACUGGAGAGCAAAAUGAAGGGAACAUGCGUGGAAGGUACAGUGCCAAAAUUGUUUGAGGGGAAAAUGGUCUCUUUUAUCAAGUGUAAAAAUAUAGACUACAAAUCCACAAGAGUUGAAACAUUUUAUGACAUACAGUUAAAUAUAAAAGGCAAAAAGAACAUCUAUGAGUCUUUUAGCGAUUAUGUGAGUACAGAGAGCCUGGAUGGCGAUAAUAAGUACGACGCGGGAGAGCACGGAUUACAGGAAGCGGAGAAAGGCGUCAUCUUUUCGUCCUUUCCACCGGUUUUACACCUACAUCUAAUGCGUUUUCAGUAUGACCCAGUUACAGACUGCUCAGUCAAAUUUAAUGACAGGUUUGAGUUUUAUGAAAAAAUUAGUCUCGGCAAAUACCUGCAAAACAAAGAAGCAACAAGUGCGGAUUACACAUUGCACGCUGUUCUAGUUCAUAGUGGCGAUAAUCAUGGUGGACAUUAUGUUGUAUUUAUUAAUCCCGCUGGUGAUGGCAAGUGGUGUAAGUUCGACGACGAUGUUGUCUCACGAUGUACAAAGCAGGAAGCUAUCGAACAUAACUACGGUGGUCAAGACGAGGACAUGUCUAUGGCUGUGAAACAUUGCACUAACGCUUAUAUGUUGGUUUACAUAAGAAAUUCAGAGCUGGAAAACGUCUUGCAAGAGGUCAAGGAAGAGGAUAUACCUCAAGAGCUGGUGGAGAGGCUGCAAGAGGAGAAGAGGCUGGAACAAAUAAGAAGAAAGGAGAGAACGGAAGCAUACUUAUACAUGACCGUCAAUGUCCUUCUCGAGGAUAGCUUUGACGGUCACCAAGGAAAUGAUCUCUACGAUCCAGAGCACGCUUUAUAUCGUGUAUUUCGCGUACGUAAGCAGGCCGCUGUGCACGAGUUUCUCGAGCUACUGAGCGAUAGUCUGAAAUAUCCCAUAGAACAGAUUCGCAUUUGGCCCUUCAGUACACGUUCAAAUCAAACCUGUAGACCUACGCUGAUCGAACCGGAUGCUGAUCUUCAAAAGCCCAUCAUCGACUGCGCUGAAAAUCACAAUCCGUGGAACGUCUUUGUUGAGCUUGUACCUCCAGACUCCGACAUGACAGCGUUACCGCCUUUCGACAAGGAUACCGAUGUUUUACUCUUUUUUAAGCUCUACGAUCCCAAAAAUAAGAAAAUACACUACUGUGGUCAUCAUUAUAUGCCUGUUGUAGCUAAAGUCCAGGAACUCAUACCGAUUUUAAAUGAACGUGCCGGAUUCCCACCAGACACAGAGCUCGCUUUAUACGAGGAAAUUAAACCAAAUUUAGUUGAGAAAAUAGAUAACCUGUCGGAGCCUUUGGAAAAGGUUCUGGAGGAAUUGAUGGACGGUGAUAUCAUCGUAUUUCAAAAGGAAGGAGACAAUGAAAUGUAUGAACUUCCGACGUGUCGAGAAUAUUUCAAAGAUCUAUUCUAUAGGGUAGAAGUAACGUUUUGUGAUAAAUUGAUUCCGAACGAUCCAGGUUUUACAAUGGAAUUGUCACUAAGAAUGACGUAUGAUCAAAUGGCAAAGGCUGUAGCGCAACGAGUCGGCACAGAUCCGUACCUUUUACAGUUCUUUAAAUGUCAAAAUUACAAAGAUUCUCCCGGUCAUCCUUUAAAGUGCACAUUUGACGGCACGCUCAAAGAGCUGGUCGCGUACUGCAAAACGAAAGUAAAGAAAUUAUUUUAUCAACAGCUCAGUAUUAGGGUGAACGAGCUAGAAAACAAGAAACAGUUCAAGUGCAUAUGGGUAGGGCCAUCACUUAAGGAGGAGAAGGAGAUGAUUCUUUACCCAAAUAAAAACGGCACUGUUGCUAAUUUACUUGAGGAGGCUAAGAAGCAGGUAGAAUUAUCGGAAAACGGAUCGGGAAAACUAAGGAUAUUAGAAAUGACUUGCAACAAAUUGUCACCCGGUCCUGGGGACGAUACACCAUUAGAUCACUUAAACACAUCAGGCACCAAGUUGUAUAGGAUAGAAGAAAUACCGGUUGACGAAGUGAAUCUGGCAGAGGGCGAAAUGCUAGUUCCUGUUGCGCAUUUUCACAAAGAGGUUUUCUCAACGUUCGGUAUACCCUUCUUUUUCAAGAUCAAGCACGGCGAACCUUUUCCCAAGAUGAAGGACAGGUUAUUAAAAAAAUUAGGCGUCCAGGAGAAAGAAUUUGAAAAGUUUAAGUUCGCGGUGGUGACAAUGGGGAAGCCACAAUUCAUCACUGACUCGCCGGACUCUUGUAUCAAAAUUGAGGAUUUCCUUCCCAGAUACACCAGUCAGAGCACAUCUCCACACAGGCCUUGGCUUGGCCUGGAACACGUCAACAAAGCGCCAAAGCGCUCUCGUAUCAACUACCUCGAAAAGGCCAUUAAGAUUUACAAUUAAAUUUCCACCACACGAAGAAGAAAUUAAAUUAGGCAGCCACUCAUAAUAAUUUAUACGAUUCUGUAUAGUAAGAGAGCGACGUCUGAUAUAUUGAAGGUUGGAAAAAUGCGUUCAAUGUAUUCGUUUCUUCAGCCAGAUUAAAUACGCAAUUUUAAUACUGCAAGAACGACAUCGUAAAGUAAAUCCAUGCUUAGUAUACGAUGGAUUAACAAACUAUCGUGAAAUAUGUGCAGUGCUAUUUUAUGCAUCAUGGAAGAGCGACGAUAUAGUUCCUCGAUUCGAAUUUGUAAAGAUUUUACGUAAUGGCCCGGUAGAUUAUUUUGGCGUCACUCAGUAUGGAUUUUCGCCUAGACUCCGAAAAUAUUUCAUUACAAGAUGCACGUAUAAUGUAACUAUUAUUGUCUGGUAAUUAUCUCUAAUAAACUAUUUCUUUCUUUUUUUAAUUUUCUUAGGAAACUGAGACUUUACAAAUUCCGGUUCUUACCCUAUCGUAUACAAGUUGUACGUAAUUGUUACGUUCCAAGGGGUGUCGCAUUACGUUUGCAGGAUGUAAUAUUUAAUAUUUGUAGCAUCGCUAAAAAAAUCGCUCGUCUUUUAUGCUGUAUCUGCAAGAUGUUUGAAAUGUAGACUUUUUGCCAUUAAAAAAAAUGAACAGUGCAAAAUUUUUAAUAUGCAUUUAAAGAUUUCAACGCAAGGUUUCGAUCGAUUUUUAAUAUAUAACUUUAUUUUCUUGUGUUUUUAAACGAAACACAGAAUUAUACCGUUGCUUUAUUUUAUUCACGCCAUAAGAAUGGAGAAGAAAGUGCAUAAAUAAAAAUUUUCCAGAUCUUUCAAACAUCCUGAAAUAUUUUUCUUGCAUUUCAAUUUACUUAUGUAAAAAUAUACUUUUUUGUGUUAUUUUCUAUCGUAUAAUUUACGUCGAAACUGUGAAAUUUUAUAAGUAUAAAAACGUGUAAAGCAGGAAAUCGGUGAAACGAGUGACGCUUAAUCUAAACGAAAAAAAUUCUUGGCGAGACGCAAAUGCUUAUUGUUAUAAUAGGAUAUAUAUAUAUAUAUAAGUAAAUAUAUAUUCGCGGCUUUUCUCUUUUUAUUUUAUAAUUUUAGAGCAGAAUGAGCAAACUGCCACUCCGCUUUUAUAAAGUGAUUUUAUUUGUAUAAGAAAUACCAUUUUUCUGUUUGGUCCUAAAUCAACGAUUAAUUUCUCUAUUUUAUAUUUAUAAUUUUUAACACAGCAAGUAGAGGUGAGUCACUCUCAAUAAGGUAACCUGCGUCUUGUGCAAGAUCUGUCGUUUGCGAAUCUUUAUUUAUCGUUUUCUACACUUUACUGUGAUCAACUCAACUUAGCCAACAGCAUGUAUUUAAACACCACGCCGGCUCUCGAAUAUUUGAAAUAACAUAAUUGUAAAUGUCAAGGAGGACGCUGAGCUUUCUACGUGGAUUAUUUAAUAAAUUUCUCUUUAAGUUGAGAAACUGUUUAUCAUGGUCGUUUUACGGUUUUCAAUGAGAUCCGUCAAGUUCGUAAGUUUAGACGUUAAUUGGAUCAAACUAUUUUAAAUGUUUAAGAUUACUCGAAUUACAAACUAUGAGAAUCGAGAGCGAAAUUUGUAGUACGGGAGUAGUAUACCAAUAUAAAUAAACAUGAAUUAUGCUAAGAUUUAAUUCGUCAAGAGUGAUGACGCUUUGCGCUAUUUGAUCGAUUAAUAAUAAUACAACCGAGUAAAACCUACGCAAUACAUAAUGGCUCUUGAAGAAGACUGGACGCGUAAGUCAUGCGAGAGCGUGGCACACGCGCAAAGUAUUUUGUAAAAAAAAAAGAAAAGGGAAUUAAAUGUGGCUGUACAGACUGUUCGGUGGCAUAUAAUCUCAGUAUCUAGAGAGAGCUAUUCUAAAUUACGUUCUGUGGACGUCGAGCGUUUUCCUUUUGCUACUCGUACAUUUAUGUUUAUUACGUUUAUUGUUUAAUCCGUUUGGAAUAAUUUGUCGGCAUGUUUGUUAAACGUGUUAUCAAGGUAAAUGCGAGAGAGGGAGAGACAGAGAGAGAGAGAGAGAGUGAGUGUGUACGUGCGUACGUGUGUGUCGUAAACAGUCGUAAAUUUCAAAUCGAGUUGUAAAGAGCAUCAUCGCAGAUCUGAUUACUGAAGAAGUAUCGCCCACGAAUACAGAUGAGAUAUAAUAUCUUUGUAUGCCUAAAGGUUGGUGUUCGCAGUAUCGUUACAUUAUCACCGCGUAUGUUUCUGACCGCAUCUUUUUUCCUCUAGCCCUAUCCUUUUUAGGUGAAACAAGGGGCGAGGGAUUGAUCACUUUACAAAGGGUCUGUGCCGAAUCGCAAGUGGAUAAUAAGCUAACGAUAGAUCGCUCGUAGAAGCGGCGAUGACGAUGUUUCAUCCGCAAGAGAAAGAGAAAACAAAGCGAGACAGAUUUGUUGCAAGCAUUAACGUAGCGGACGAUCAUGAUGGUGCGAUACGAGAAUCACACAUUUUAUUGUUUAUAUAUGUAUAUUUCGUCGUUAGGUUCCUCGGGGAUUGUUGCUAACGGCAAUCGUCAAGUCGAAGCUGGCACACGAGACUAUAGUUAACGACAAGAAAGCAUACCUUUUUUUUUGCAAGGGGAAAUGAAAGGAAAGAAAUCGUGUUUAAGUUGAUUGAUUGUACCGUCGACAGCAUCGGCGACGCGCGAUUGUAACGAGCGGCACGCGAAGGAGAGAACAAGCCGGAACGAUCCGGCUAUGUAAUAAUAGGUUGUACACCAGAGAUAACUUUUGCGUCUUUUUGUAGAGCUGACCUUAUAAAGAGAACUGCUCAACACUGCGAUUGUAAAUCUGAAUAUUUGAUAGUUUAUUUCUAGGGAGGCGAGACAAUUAAGUGCUGGCAUGCGUAAGGAGAAGUAAAAUAAUAAAAGCAAUACAACUGGA